ACCAGUCCAAAUUUGAGAUUUUCGCGCUCCAGAUAUUCCAUAUUUCAUAGCACGCAGGCAAUCCUGGAAUCGAUUUUCGCGUUUGAACGAAGUAAUACGUCAUUGGCAUAAAUUUAGAUCGGCUCCAAAUUAACAAUGCAGUGCUCUUCAUCCGGGAGUGAAUCGUUACGUAAUUUUGUACUCCUUUUUGAUGCUAAACCGCUGACCUUGCUGGCCUCGUCUUUGCCCACAACCCACUCCCAUUAUUAAAGUCGUCAAUCAAAUUCGACCCAGACAUGGGUGAAAUUGCGCCGAGAGUUGUCACCGCAAAAGACAAAGACUUUUGCCACAAUUUGCGCAAAUAUUUCCGCGAGUUCACGGAAGUGACCGGAAUCCACGGUCUGCGAUAUGUGUCUGAAAAGCGGUCACGAACCGAAAAGGUUAUUUGGGUAAUUAUUUUGCUGAUUAGUUUGGGCGGCUGUAUCUACAUGAUUUACGAGGUCUUGGACAAGUACAAUAAAAGCCCAGUUGUUGUGAGUUUUGCUACGGAGGAUACGCCACUUUACCAAAUUGCGUUUCCUGCCGUAACGAUCUGUCCAGAAUCGAAGUACUCGCGUGAGAAAUUCAAUUACAGUGGCGUUUAUUCCAAGCUAGUUGAAGAGGAAAGUGUGACCAUUGAUGAGCGCCGAAAAUUUGAUUAUUUGAGCAUGUUGUGCGACGACAGUCCUGACAAUGUCGCGACCACGCAAAAUUUUGGCAACGAAUUUUACGAAAUCAUCCACAAAAUGAAACUGAACCAAAGCGAGUUGUUCCCACUCUGCAUCUUUGACAAUAAAUUCACGGAGUGUGACCGCAUUUUCACCCCGAUUUUCAUCGACGAGGGAAUUUGCUACUCGUUUAACAUCCAAGGCGCCCAUGAGAUUUUCCGCGACCACGUUUACAACUUUAAGGAUUAUUACAAGGUUUCCAACAAUUCGGAAAAAUACUUUGACCCAGAAUUUGGCUAUAGACCUUCAGCCGGGGUCCACACCUACCCCCGGCGGGCCCUCAGGUCAGGGGCGGACUCUGCCUUUGGCAUUUUUUUCAACUACGACACGGCAGACACCGAUUUCAAUUGCAAAAAUUUCCUGCAAGGCUUCCGGGUCUUGAUUCACAACUCCUGGGACGUGCCACGCGUCUCAGAGCAUUAUUUCCGGAUCCCGUUUGAUAAGGUGGUAGUGGCGGCCAUGGAGCCGGUCCUGGUCGUCACCUCGCAAAAUGUGCGCGGAUUUCGGCCCGAAAAACGCAAAUGUUUCAUGCGGAACGAGCGAUUUUUGAAACAUUUCCUCUACUACUCCCAGCCCAAUUGCAUGCUUGAGUGCUUGACGAAUUAUACGCUCGCUAAAUGUGGUUGCGUCCAGUUUUACAUGCCUCGGGACAACAGUACGUUGAUUUGUGGCCCGAACUCCGAACAGUGCACCGAAAACGCCGAAAGCGAGAUGCAAAUCAAAGACCUGGAGUAUCGAAUUUCAGGGCGGUCUCUGUGUGAUUGCAAGCCCACGUGUACUAACAUGAAGUACAACGUUGAGACGUCCCACAGCGAUUUUUAUUUUAAGGAAUAUUUCAAAGUGCACAAUGAGUUUAAUCUGGGUGAUGGGGGGCAUUGGUCCGUCUUGCAACUGUAUUUCAAAGACGAGCAAUUUAUGACAAUGGAGCGGAACGAAUUGUAUGGAAUUUCCGACUUGAUUUCGAACCUUGGGGGCCUUUUGGGCCUUUUUACCGGAUUUUCUUUGGUCACAAUGGCUGAAAUUAUCUACUUUUGCUCGCUCAGAGUCGUGUAUAAUCGGCGGUUGUACGGGCUUUGGUCAGGCCCUAAUUGAAAACGUUUAAGUAAUUUUUAAGAAAAGUAUCAAACAGUAUUUUUACCAUCGGAUGUUGUUUUUAAAUUGAAUUAUUUCCUCAAUGGUUAGUUCGCAUUUCGUUGUAAAUAUUUGUUACAGAGUUUAAACGCGUUAAACAACUCAACUUAAUUUUUUUUAAAUGAUCUACUUUUGAUUCGUAAAGACAUUAAAACUAUUUAAACCGAGAUGAGAACCGAACCGAGAGGUAAUAAUUUAAUCGAGAAAAAACAUCCAAUUAAAAAAAAUAUUUCGUUUAGCGCUUUUACGAAGCUUCUAUGUGAUUUUUCAAGGAAAAUGUGUAUUUUUUAUAUUAAAACACAAUUCCAUAAGCUUAGCUAAGGCCGAUAGCUUUGUAUGUCAAAUAAAGCAAUAAAAAGAGAAACAAGUUUUUAA